AUCUCUACUUGUACAACAAAAUCUCUUCUUCUUCGCUCACGACUUCGAUUUCGAUUUCUUCUCUUGUUUUUCUGUUCUCUGCAUAUCGUGCUGAUAAUAAUUGCUCUCUCUGAUUGAGAUUUUCGUUCAAAUUUUGAAGUAUUUUGGGUUUAGUUUUGAGGUGGGCUAUUGUAUAGAUCGUAGAUCUGCGAAUAUUGAUAUUGAUUUCGAGUGAAAUUCAUUUUGGGUUUGGUUGUUCCCGGAUAAAUACGAUCUGGGUUUGUGCCUAAAUUGUGUAUUAUACAAGUUUGAGUGAAUUUUUGGAUAUGGAGGUCUCGGUGUUUGGAAGCUCUCAGAUGGGAAGGACUGAUUUAUGUUACAGAGAAUUGAAUCUCUGUUUUCCCAAUAAUUGUAAUAGUACGAGGAUCCUGUCUCGAAAAGCAGAUAGAAUCUGGUUUGGUCAAGGUACGAUGUGGAGAAAAGCUGGGUUACGAUUAGCCUUGAGAGCUGUCCAAUCUGAACCUGUUCGAUCUGAUAGAGUUUCUCUUCGUACAUCUACAAAACCCAGAUCGCUUGAUAAGGUAAGAAUUUUCGUCGGGCUACCCUUGGAUUCAGUUUCUGAGUGCAACACGGUGAAUCAUGCCAGAGCAAUUGCGGUAGGACUAAAAGCUCUGAAGCUGUUAGGAGUGGAAGGUGUGGAGCUUCCGGUUUGGUGGGGAAUAUCUGAGAAGGAAGCUAUGGGGAAGUACAACUGGUCUGGCUACCUUUUAAUUGCGGACAUGGUUCAGAAAGCAGGUCUCAAGCUUCAUAUUACUCUUUGCUUCCAUGCCUCAGCACAGCCAAAAAUCUCACUCCCUGAGUGGGUAUCUCGGAUUGGUGAUUCCCAGCCUGGUAUCUUCUAUGCAGAUAGGUCAGGACAGUAUUACAAAGAUUGCUUGUCUUUGGCUGUUGAUGAUCUUCCUGUUCUUGAUGGAAAGACUCCAAUCCAAGUUUACCAGAAAUUUUGUGAGAACUUCAAGUCCUCAUUCUCAUCUUUCAUGGGCUCUACUAUCACGGGCAUAUCAAUGGGUCUAGGACCCGAGGGUGAGCUUCGAUAUCCUUCUACCCGUGGACAAUCCAAAAGGAGCAAAUUAUUGGGAGCUGGAGAAUUCCAGUGUUAUGACCAAAACAUGCUGGGCCUUUUAAAACAACAUGCUGAAGCAAAUGGAAAGUCUCUAUGGGGACUUGGUGGUCCUCAUGAUGUCCCUCGUUAUGACGAGUCACCUAACUCAAACAACUUCUUCAGGGACAACGGGGGAUCAUGGGAGUCUCCAUAUGGUGACUUCUUCCUCUCCUGGUAUUCAAGCCUACUCUUAUCUCAUGGAGAUCGUCUCCUCUCCCUCGCCUCUUCCACUUUCAGCGACGCUGCAGUGGAAGUUUGCGGAAAGGUUCCAGUCCUGCACCCAUGGUACAAAACUCAGUCCCAUCCUUCUGAAUUAACAGCUGGUUUCUACAACACAAACAACAGAGAUGGCUAUGAAGCAGUUGCGGAGAUGUUUGCGAAAAACUCUUGCAAACUGAUAGUGCCAGGAAUGGACCUGUCUGAUGAUCACCAACCCCAAGGAUCCCUAUCGAGCCCCGAGUUGUUACUUGCACAAAUCAGGAGAGCUUGCAGAAACCAUGGAGUUGGAAUUUCUGGUCAGAAUUCAUCGGUUUCAGGAGUUCCCGGCGGGUUUGAGCAAAUAAAGAAAAAUUUAUCAGGUGAGAAUGUGGUAGACUUGUUCACCUAUCAGAGAAUGGGAGCAUUUUUCUUCUCACCAGAGCAUUUCCCUUCGUUCACCGAGUUCGUUCGGAGCCUUAAUCAACCAGCAUGGCAUUCAGAUGAUCUGCCAUUUGAGGAGGAGGAACUUUCAAGUGCUAGUUCAGAAUCAGAAAUGCACAUGCAAGUUGCUUAGUUAAGAAGAAGCUUAAGCAUGUUCAUGUAAAUAUAGAUUUGCAAUAUGCACCGAUGGUUCUAUCAAAAGGACAUUGAAAUAUUGAAUAGACUGGAUAGUAGAAGCAGAUAUAAGACAAGGGGUAACGUAUAUCCUGGUUUUAGCUUUGGGAAGGAUAAUUAGUUUCCAUUACACAAAGAAGUUUGGCUUAUUGUGCCCAUAUUAUAGAUGCAGAACAGUAUUGGUUUUUCUUGCA